ACCAUUGAACUGAGUUUCAAACUCGUGAAGAAGUGAGAAACAUCAACAAAACAAACCUGUUUAUGGAGCCGGUGUUGUUUGUUUUUCUGAACAAUUAAAGAGAGUAAAGUUUCUUUACCUUAUUAAAGAUGGACGAUGGAAUACUGACUACUUUGAAAAUAUUAAUUAUUGGAGAAAGCGGAGUUGGGAAGUCCAGUCUUCUGUUGAGGUUCACAGAUGACAUGUUUGAUCCAGAACUUGGAGCAACAAUUGGUGUUGAUUUCAAAGUGAAGACAAUUGCUGUGGAUGGGAACCAGACAAAGUUAGCAAUUUGGGACACAGCAGGUCAGGAGCGUUUUCGGACCUUAACACCCAGUUACUACAGAGGAGCCCAAGGUGUUAUAUUGGUAUAUGAUGUCACAAGACGAGAGACGUUUAGCAAACUGAGCACCUGGCUGAAUGAAUUGGAGACGUACUGCACACGAGACGAGCUUGUCAAGAUGCUUGUGGGAAAUAAAAUUGAUAAGGAGGACCGUGAGGUGGACCGAAAUGAAGGCCUGAAGUUUGCUAGAAAACAUUCCAUGCUUUUUAUAGAGGCCAGUGCUAAGACACGGGAUGGUGUGGAGUGUGCCUUUGAAGAGCUGGUGGAGAAGAUCUUGCAGACUCCAGGGCUGUGGGAGAGUGAAAGAAAGACUAGAGUGCACCUGUCUGAACAGCCUACACAGCCUACAUCAGGGGGCUGUUACUGCUAACUGCUCUAACUCACUGACACACAUAGACAAACAUAAUCAUAGCAGGUCAGACAGGCUCACAGACAGAUGCACAAAACAAGUAUGAGUAUUGACAUGUGUAAACAUACUAUGUAUUUUUGACCUUUUAAAUUGUUUUAUAGUUUGCUCUGUCUGCAAUUGGCUCAGGGUAGUCUGCGUCAGCACACAUGCAUAACGGCAGUGACAGAUUCUACAUGUACCGUCUGUUAUUAUGGUAACUGGUGGUAAACAGUGAAGUGUGCACUUGUAGGCGUUGGUGGCAAAUUUUUUGGGCAACAAAAGUGAACUCCUAAAACUGAAUCCUUUCACAGACAUGGCCACAUGGCCACUAUAACGGUGGAAAAAAUGUUAGUUGAUGUACCUAGGACCAUUUAUGAGCACUACAGUGCGUUUGCCUUUUUAGUUUGUGUUUCUCAUUUAUUGAGUGCAAAACACUAAUCAGUAGAUAUCAGUCUCGCCCACUGCUUGAAGACCAAGUGGUGUAGAGUGGAGAGUAGGCUAAAUCUAUUCUCAAGAAAAAGCAUAGUCAGUUUGGAGAAAUAAUGACUCGUAACAAGUAAAAGUACCUAUUCAAAAACUUAAGUAGAAGUGCAAAAGUAAAUUGUAGAAGUGCAUUGAAACUUCUUAGUACAUCAGUCUAGGAACUGCUUUUUUUAGGCUGUACUCUUCUCUCUUUUGGGAUCUAGUUGGUCUAAAAUAAAAGAUUGUAUUUUAUUAAAAGUUUAGUACACACAUUUGCAAGUUUGAACACCCCUGGUCAAAUGACAUGUUCACAAAUCCCCUACAGUGAAAAAACUUAGCAUUUUAUGCAAAUCUUCUGCACAGUUUCUGUUUUGUUGCUGAGUUUAACUUUAGCACAGGCCACAUUCUGUUUUUUUUUUUCCAAAAUGUAAAAUUCAGAAAAUGAACAAUCAGUGUGCAAUAAAUUAUGCUCAGGUGUGGUCUCUGUAGAGUGUGUAUACUUACUUUUGCAUUUUUUUUAUCUUGCACAACGAUACUUUCAGAAUAAUGGAGUCAUGUUGGACCUCUACUUCGCUGGUUUUAUCAACUUGGCCUGGCUGCUUAAAAAUGCGAAGUUGAAGGCUGUAUAAAUCAAGCAGACUGACACCACUGAUUUAUACUGUGUAUGUCUUAUAAAAAAAAAAAAAGAUAGUAAAAAGAAAAUAUGACUGAUGGUUUAUCUCUACCUUAAGUAGUCAUCCAGGCCAUCU